CUGCAGGGGGCGCGCUUCCCGGCCAGGCCCCCGUUGCGAGUGUUGCUUUUUUCCUCGCCCCCCCCCAAACCAAAUCGCUACAAUUGCGCCUUGUAUGUUUGCCUCGGAUGUGAGCAGCCCAGCAGCGCGCCCGCCUCCGCCUCCGAUCCUCCGAUCCUCGGGCUGCCCCCCUCCCGGGACCCCCCCAGCCCGGCCCGGCCCGGCCCUGGAGCCCCGAUCCGGCCCUUCUCCCGCCCAGAGCCCCCCCAGCAGCCCAGGGCCAUGGCCGAAUGGGCCCCUGCCCAGAUCCAGGAAUGGAACGUGGAGGCUCAGCACCUGAUGCCCCUUCAGCCCCCACUCGUCCCCGAACUGAGCCACAUGCGCGAAGCCCAACUGCACACGGCCGAGGCGUCCCUGUGGAGCGUGGUGGCCACGGUCCAGGCCAUGGAGCGGAAGAUAGACCUGUUGGCCACCCGCCUGCUCAGCCUGGAGGGCAGGUCUGGGACAGCCGAGAAGAAGCUGCUGGACUGUGAGAAGACGGCCAUGGAGUUUGGGAACCAGCUGGAAAGCAAGUGGGCCGUGCUGGGGACCCUCAUCCAGGAGUACGGCCUGCUCCAGAGGAGGCUGGAGAACGUGGAGAACCUGCUCAAGAACCGCAACUUCUGGGUCCUGAGGCUUCCCCCGGGGGCUAAGGGAGAAAUCCCCAAGAUGCCGGUGACGUUUGUCGACAUUGCCGUGUAUUUUUCCGCCGAAGAGUGGAAGAACUUGGCCGAGUGGCAGAAGGACCUGUACAACAACCUCGUGAAGGAGAACUACGAGUCUUUGCUCAGCCUAGGAGCAGACGUUAACAUUUCCAAACCGGAGGCUCACCCCAGAAUUGAACGCGGGGCAGAGCCAUGUAUUCCAGAACAGCACAGCACAAAGGAGAGGGAGAUAUCUACGGAUCCUUGCACAGAGCCCUUGAUUUGCACGUCGGACGUCUUGAGCCGCAUCAAGCAAGAGGAGUCUUUUGCAGGGGGAGGCCAGUUCACAGAGGAAAGAGGGAUGCCAACAGAUCCGUGUUCAGGAGCUGAGGGCCUCAUGUCCGCCCAUGACUUCUUGUCAUGGAUUAAGCAAGAGGAGGAGCCAUGCGUCAGGGAACACUGGGAGUCGGCAGAGAGAGACAUCCUUACAGGUCCCGGCACAGCUGGCGACGCAAUGGCCGUCAAAGCCGAGACCCAGCGCUCGUGCCCGGAAGAACCGGCGCGGACCAGGGAUUCCGUGUUCCACAGCGAGGCCCCCGUAUCUGCCGGGGCGGCGGCGGCAUCGGCGGCGAUAGAAUCCUACGUGGGCCCAGGCGGCCCGGUUGCGCCGCCCCUCAGCCCUGCCAGGAGCCGACCGGGUAAAUCCAUUGAGUUAGAGAGCGAGUUGCAAGGCCUCUUUGCCCCACAGCCGCCGGCCGAGCGCCCCCACGGCUGCAGCGAGUGCGGGAAGAUGUUUGGGGUGAAGAAGAGCCUGAAGGUUCACCAGCGGAGCCACCACAGCCAGGAGCGGCCGUACGAGUGCGCCGAGUGCCGCAAGAGCUUCAACUGCCACUCGGGUCUGGUGCGGCACCAGAUGACGCACCGCGGGGAGCGGCCCUACAAGUGCGAGGAGUGCGGCAAGUGCUACAGCCGUAAGGAGCACCUUCAGAACCACCAGAGGCUGCACACUGGCGAGAGGCCUUUCCAGUGCCCGGUCUGCGGCAAACGGUUCAUCCGCAAGCAGAACCUGCUAAAGCACCAGCGCAUCCACACCGGGGAAAGGCCGUACCAGUGCGCCGAGUGCGGGAGGAGCUUCCGCUACAAGGAGUCCCUCAAGGACCACCUGAGGACUCACAGCACCGAGCCCCCCGCCCAGAGGCUGCUGCCCUCCCUGGGCGGGGAGCCACUCCCGUAAGGCCCUGCGGGGGGAAGGAGGAAAAGCUCUCCAUAGCUGUCAACGUUUCCCUUUUUUUAGGGGAAAUUCCCUUCUCCCGAAUAGGAUUCGUCGCAAAAAAAGGGGAAAGUCGACAGCUGUGGCUCUCCCUUGCACUCCUUCUCCCCCCCUAAAAAAACCUCCUCCACUCAGCCUCCUUCCCCUCCAGUGCCUCCCGAUUCUGCCGGCGCGGGGGGCAUAGCCGCCACAAAGACCGCUGGACGGUGGGCGUGAGGCCGCCUUGGUUCUGCGAAUGCCACGGGGCAGCCGCACCUCGUUCCCCAAAUGCGUACCGCCUUGCUCCCAAAUCGGCCUUUGCGGAACAAUAAAGAGCGGAACCCGCAAGGGACACGGGCAGCGCCGUCUGCCGCAGGCCGGAACCUCUAGACUUCCCGGAGACUGACGCUGAGGAUCUGAUGAUUUCGCUUGGGGAUGUUUCUAGCCCUCAUUGAGGAGGGGGGUUCCAGGAGCAUGGCGGCAACGUGCGCAUGUGUGUUCUAAAGGCUCAGAAACCAAAUUCCAAACCCCACACCCUGCUCACUCCCCUCCAUGUCUCAAAUGGGUUUUUCCCCCCUCACACAUCUGGAAGGAAUGAUUGCAAUUUUAGCAGGACGCUAGCCUUGCGCGGAAGCCCCCGGAACGGACCCUUUUUGGCUAAAACACGGCUUCUCGUACGUACGAAUAAGGACUUUUGCGUCUCCCUCGUCUCUUUCUCUUGGGUGGCCAGUUUGCGUUGCUCCUCUGCGGGACUUGUUUGAGCCUCUGCUUUUCUUUUCUUUUGUCUUCUCCCCUCAGGGCCUGCUUCUGUUCACAGCCUCUGAACAGUUUCACUGCAAAGCACCUUUUCCAGGUCUCACCGCCCCACCCACCCCAAACCCCGACCCCCAAGUCCUGCAUUUCUUUCCCCACCGCAAGUAUAUUUAUUCGUUCUCGUCCCUCUUUCCUCCCAUGCCUUUGCUUUUA